AUGCUGUUAGUUAUCACAGCGCUAUCCUCGCUCCUAGUGAAUUCUUUCGUUAACCCUCCGUAUCAAGGAUGCGAACCCCCUUCCGAAAUUAAAUACAAGUUUCAGCACUUCUGGAUGACGGCUAAUCCAUAUCUGUUAUGGGAUGAGUAUCUGCGAAGAAAAGUUUUCUUGUUUUUGCUUGGACGGAUCCAUAAAGUGAAUGGCACUUUCGCAGAGAGAGUUGGACGCAAUUUUUGGACCCGACCUAAUCCGACAGUGAAGGAGAAAGUAUUCGAAACCAUGCACUUAUUCCAGCGCUGGCAGGUCGCCGGUCUUCCGCCGCAUUCAAAAUAUGGAUGCAACUGCGUGUACUAUCCUGCGAAAGACAUCAUGGAAAUGGCGUGCUUCUUCCAAGGAGAUCCAGACUUC